CACUUGCCUUCGGAGUGCACCCUUGUACACCGUGUGUGCUUCCAAUGUCGCGAGCCUGGCCACGAGUCGAAGGCCUGCCCCAAGCGUUUUCAGGACCGAACCUGUGGAGGAUGUGGCCAAAAAGGUCAUAUCAGCAACGUUUGCACCAGCCGCGAGAGCUGGAUAUGCAAGAACUGCGAAGAGUCGGGACACGGACACUGGGAAUGUACCAAGCCCAAGGGA